GCGUGCUCUGCUCGUUCAGGUAGACGAUACAAAUAAACCAGGAAGUGUUUACAAGAACACGUUCAGCGCCAUUUACAGGCUUUAAACAUGGCAAACGAGGUCCGAUAUUGCGAGAAGUGCUCCUACAUCUUUCUCAAGUUCUCGUUAAUCUUAUAUGCAACUCUUUUCUGGUUGGUAGGUGGCUUCAUUUUGGCUAUUGGCAUUUAUGCAGAAGUGGAGCGGCAACGUUACAAAACCCUAGAGGGAGUGUUUCUGGCUCCUGCCCUUAUUCUUAUUGUUCUGGGUGUGAUCAUGUUCAUCGUCUCCUUCAUUGGGGUCCUGGCAUCACUCAGAGACAACUUGGGCCUUCUCAAAGUGUUUCUAUACAUGCUGUCUAUUUGUCUCAUUUUGGAGCUUGUUGGUGGGAUUGUUGCUCUCGCCUUUAGGUCCCAGACAGUGGAUCUUCUCAACAAAAACAUCCGUAAAGGCAUGGUAAAUUACUAUGAUGACCUUGAUUUUAAAAACAUCAUGGACUUUGUUCAGAAAACGUUCAAAUGUUGUGGGGGAGAUGAGUACAAAGGCUGGGAGGUGAACAUGUAUCAUAACUGCUCUGCUCCUGGCCCUCUAUCCUGUGGAGUGCCUUACUCCUGUUGUGUGAACAACAAGCCUUCUGAAGUUAUUAAUACCAUGUGUGGAUUCAAGGCCCUGGAGAAAGAGAGGUUAGACAAUGUAGAGACCAUUUACAUACGGGGUUGCACUGAUGCAGUCUUCAUUUGGUUCAUGGACAACUACAAAAUCAUGGCUGGACUUCUUCUGGGUAUAUUGCUUCCUCAGUUUUUUGGCGUGCUCUUUACCUGGCUGUACAUCACUCGUGUGGAAGAUGCCAUCGAGGAUUACGGUAACUAUAUGGAUGGUCUGCUGGACAGUGGACCCCAGGGGACCAAGAGCCAAGGCAAGCUGGCAAAAUGCUGCAAAUGCAUGCCUUUGAUUGAUUGAGUGCAAUCCUUUACAAGAAAGUUUUACAUUGGAUGGAACACAUUUGCAGUGGUUGAAUUUGAUUGUUUGUAGUUCUACAAAACACAACAGUAAUGUUACUUUCAUAAUAUCUGCUACAGAUACACUGGCCAAGAUAGUCCUAUUUCUUCUGCCAAUACAAACUUUUUGUACAUUACACUCAGGAUUCAUUAUUACAACAAGCCUAAAAUGGGUAGUCCAAAAAAAGUGAACUCGUCAGAAUUCAAUGUUAGGAGUGACCUCUUGUCUCAUUCUCUCAGGAUCAUUCUACUACUGUAUUUAAGGCCUUAAGUACACUAAAUAUGCCAUAUAUUUUCUUGACACCAGGUUUUUUUUAACUUAUGUUGACUGUAAUUGCAGUCUCGGUACCUUUUGAAACUGAUUUGAAAAUUGGCACCCUGUCAUUCUCGAGUGAACAGUGCAGGCCUUUUUCCAACUCAAAUAUUGCUCUUUGUGUGGGAGAACCUGUAAGGCCUUGAGAACUGCAGCCACAAUGAUCUCAAUAAGAGGGCUAUCUUUUUUUAUUUGUAGUACAUUUGAACAUUAAAUUGAAUAAAUGCGUACCACAAAACACUUGUAGAGUACACUGAAAAGCUUUGUAAAUCCAAUCCUUUAGUCAUUUUCUACUGUAAAAACAUUUUAGUUUUCUAAAGUAUGUGCUUUUAAUAUUUUUUUAAUUAUAGUCUUUUUUCUGUUCAUAAUAUCAUAACCAUUAUUGCCUCAAAUUGUCCACAACUAUUGAAAGGGGUUUGGUUUAUUAAUUUUCAUAAUGAUACUGCUCAUUAUGGGCUGCAUUAUUAUUGUUUAUAUUUUGAGCAUCUUAAAUAUGUAAUAUUUAGGUUUUAUCCAAGUCUUUAUUGGUCGUAACAUAUGGCAAAUCAGAGCAUGUGUACCUUUUUAUCUUACUCUUUUAGUUUCUUAAUAACUUAUUUUGUAUUGUAAAAUGGUGAUGGCUUUAUAUUGUAUUUCCCUUAUUGUCUACUGUAUAUUUUUUGUUGUUGUUUCUUUUUUCUAUGAACAUAGAAUCCAGGUAAAUAGUACACUUAACAUCUGACCUGUAUUUAUUUUAAAUGUAUAUGAGCCUUUUGCCAUUACUUGACAGCAGAGCCAUGAGAUUGCAUAUUUAUUUCAAGUUUGCUACUGAAAAUGUUGGCAUAUUACUUUAAGAUUAUGCAAAGUGCACUAAAUAAUGCAUUAGUUUCAGUGUUGUUAUGCAAUCAAAGAUAGCUGUAAACAAACAGGUUGAAGUUAAUGUUGUAAAAUUAUUUUUUCUUGUUUUUUGGACUUUUCUGAUGCCUUAUGGUUUCUAUGUGUUAGUACUGACCUCACUGAUAAAGUAUGAUCAACACAGUGAGUGUUUUGCUAAAUGAAUGAAUGAAUAAAUGAUGUUUACAGAACUGUGCAUGCUGCCUCUUUAGUGGAUUUUCUUAUUUAUUCUCCAUCAUGCUGGUUUGGCUGUGCAUGGGGGCUGCCCCACUCUGAAUAUUUCACUCGGGGAUGGGGAGAUACAAUAAAUAUGUUACUGCAAUGGUCUGGUUUUUCCAUCUUUUUUUUUUUUUUUUUUUUGCCAUUUGCACCAUCUUUUUACAGUGAAGCCUUUACAACUCAAUUACUAACUAAAGGUUAAGAUUAGAAAGAAGAUAUGACAAAUGUUCAAAGGAGAAAAAGUUAUGGGCUUAUAAAUGUGUAUUUCACACAUCAAGGCACAUACAAGUUUUUUAGUACUCAAUUAUGACCAGAGUCUGUCUACUGUCUGUACUAGAAUGUGUAUGUAAUGAAAUUUCAGACGUUUAUCAUUUAUUUCCUUUGUGCUGUAAUAUGCUAUACAUGAGAAAUUUGUCAAUUGGAAGUAUUUGAAAAUCCUUUGCAAAACCAUAAACCUUUUGUACAGAACAUUUGACUUAACAUUUUGUGACUGAAUCUAGUCUGUCUAAAAUUGUAUUUAUGUUAGCAGUCCAAAUGGCACACGCAGAAUGUUAUUUAUUUAUCGAAAUCAAUGUGAUGAUAAAAGCUCGUUGUGAACCGUUAUUUUGUAAAUAAAUGAACUGA